AUGGAUUUAGACAUGCAAUCCAUGGCGGCGACGAUCGGGGUCUCCGUCCCCGUUCUCCGCUUCCUUCUCUGCUUCGCGGCGACGAUUCCGGUCAGUUUCUUCCACAGAGUUGUGCCCGGCUCUCUCCCCAAGCACAUCUACGCCGCCCUCUCAGGGGCUAUUCUGUCCUACCUCUCAUUUGGGUUCUCUUCCAAUCUCCACUUCUUGGUGCCCAUGUUGUUGGGCUACGCCGCCAUGGCCCUGUCUCGCGCUCACUGUGGAAUCAUCACUUUUGUUAUGGGAUUCGGUUAUCUCAUUGGAUGCCAUGUAUAUUACAUGAGUGGUGACGCAUGGAAAGAAGGAGGCAUUGAUGCCACCGGGGCAUUAAUGGUGUUGACUCUCAAAGUGAUAUCAUGUGCCAUGAACUACAACGAUGGAAUACUGAAGGAAGAUGACUUACGGGAGGCUCAGAAGAAAAACCGCUUAGUGAAGAUGCCUUCUUUGAUUGAAUACUUUGGUUACUGUCUCUGCUGUGGUACCCACUUUGCUGGCCCGGUUUAUGAAAUGAAGGAUUACAUUGAGUGGACUGAACGGAAAGGGAUAUGGGCAGGACCAUGGCCAUCACCGUUUUUAGCAACACUAAGAGCAAUUAUUCAAGCUGGUAUUUGCAUGGGCCUAUACUUGUACUUGGUGCCCUACCAUCCUUUGUCCCGCUUCACUGAUUCAGUAUACCAAGAAUGGGGUUUCUGGAGAAGAUUGAGUUACCAGUACAUGUCGGGGUUCACGGCAAGAUGGAAGUACUAUUUUAUCUGGUCAAUUUCAGAGGCUUCUAUGGUGAUCUCAGGUCUUGGAUUCAGUGGCUGGACUGAUAGCUCACCUCCAAAGCCACGAUGGGAUCAUGCUAUAAAUGUUGAUGUUCUUGGUGUUGAGUUUGCUAAGAGUUCGGUUGUCUUGCCUCUUGUGUGGAACAUCCAAGUCAGCACUUGGCUUCGUCACUAUGUCUAUGAUAGACUUAUUCAAAAGGGAAAGAAGCCUGGUUUCUUUCAGUUGUUGGCCACACAAACUACCAGUGCUGUUUGGCAUGGAUUAUAUCCAGGUUACCUCAUAUUCUUCGUUCAGUCGGCAUUGAUGAUUGCUGGAUCUAGAGUUAUAUAUAGGUGGGAACAAGCCUCAAAGGGUUUAAUCAAGAAGAUUUUCACUCUCACAAACUUCGCUUACACAAUUUUGGUCCUAAACUACUCGUGUGUCGGCUUCAUGGUACUGAGCUUGCACGAAACUCUUGCUGCUUACGGCAGCGUAUACUACGUAGGAACCAUUAUUCCCAUAGCCUUGAUCCUUCUGGGGUCCGUAAUCAAACCAGCAAGGCCGGCUAGAUCGAAGCCCAAGAAGGAAGAGUGA